GAAGUGUGCAGCAUGACAGAGCUCCACGAAGCCGUGGCUUUGGGGGACUACGACCUAGUGGAAGAGAUUUUGAGGACAGGGCGCUGCGACCCAAAUCACAAGGAUGUUGACUGGCACGACAGGACCCCGCUGCACUGGGCUGCUGCAAAAGGCCAGUCGGAACUGGUCAAGCUCCUGGUGGAACACGGCGCCCGGCAUUGCCUGCGGAGCGAUGUGGGCUGGACUCCGGCUCACUUUGCUGCUGAGUCGGGGAGGCUGGGGGUGCUUCGCACCCUUCAUUCCCUGCACGCUGCCAUGGAUGCGGCUGACCUCUUUGGCGACACUCCCAAGAGGCUUGCAGAAAUCUAUGGUCACCAAGACUGCUCCAAGUUCUUAGAAAU